GAAGGCCAAAUACAAUGAACAACUUUGGGGUUUUACUAAAUGAGCUUGGUCUUGAUGAGAAGCUUAUCUCACCCCUGAGAACAAAUUACUUGAUGCCAAUCACAAGAUUGUUGUAUCCUGAAUGUGGGGGCAACACCUUAGAUUCACACAAGGCAUUCACGGUACAUUACAAGAUGGGAGAGGAUCUUGACCUCAGUUAUCACUAUGACAAUGCAGAGGUCACUUUAAAUGUAUCACUUGGUAAGGAGUUUAUUGGAGGAGAGUUGUUUUUUGGUGAUAUGAGACAGGUCCCCCUGAAAGAUACACAAUGUACUCAGUGUGAGCACGUGACAAGUUACGGGCUUCUUCACAGAGGUCAACAUAUGCAUGGAGCUUUGCCCAUCCAAUCAGGAGAAAGAAUCAACUUGAUUAUUUGGAUGCGGAGUUCUGUAGUGCGUGAUAAAUUGUGUCCGAUGUGUGACAUGGAGCCAAGACUAGUGCCAUGUUCUGGCGAGGGGGAUGGAUUCACCACCAGAAACUCUGUGCCAGUCUGUUCAGCUCUUUAAGCAAGGACCUAAAGGCUAUAGAGAAAGCAAGAAGGGACCCAGGGAACUUAAAAAGAAAAAACUUGGGGACU